AUGAAUUUACAGAUCUCCGACAUUCCAUACUUGGAGUUGGCGGAACCAGAAGAAGGAUACCACGGGCUGAUCAAGGAGAACGAGACCCUGGUAGAGGUGACACCGCCCAUCCGUGCUCGUGGCCCACUAUGCUCUUUCCUGAUUCUCAACAACAAACAUCAUGGAGAAGCGCCCUUCGAGAUAAUGGUAAUAGACGAGAACGAGGCUCGGCUGCGCGUGCGCUACCCGCUCAACUGCGAGAAACGGCGCAACUACAAGUUCGACAUCGCUGCGGUCGGCUGCGACGGCUCCUAUUCCAACACGGUGCCAGUCCACAUCACAGUGACGGACGUGAACGAAUUCGCGCCCAUGUUCAGCCAGGCGGCUUACGUCAAAGCGGUGGAUGAGGGUCGGAUCUACGAGGAGAUCGUGCGCGUUGAGGCAACCGACAGAGAUUGCACGCCGAGGUACGGGGACGUCUGCAAAUACGAAAUUCUCACUGACAGAAGUCAACCCUUCACCAUCGACAAUGAAGGUAUCAUCAGAAACACGGAACCGCUUGACUACGAGAAGUCCCACAACCACAUCCUAUCCGUGGUGGCGUACGACUGCGGAAUGAUGCAGUCAGCACCCGUCAUGGUCACUAUCAAGGUCAACAAACCCUGCAGAGCAGGUUGGAAAGGAGUUGCUGAGCGUGUAGAUUACGCCCCUGGCACCGGUCCCCUGGCGCUGUUCCCGGCUGCAAGGCUGGAGACAUGCUCAUCAGACGAACGCUGUCCCGGCGUCACGCGCAUCCAGGCCGCAGUCACACUACAGGCCUCCCGCGCCGGCUCCGGCUGCGAUAGAGACACAUACUCACUACACUCACAGAGGACUAUUUGUGGUUUGGACCCCAAGACGAUCGAUUUACUGCCCAGCCCUGGUGCCGGCAACGAAUGGGCCAAGUCCCUUAAACCAGACUCAGGUCGUGAUGGAGAACAGAUGUUUGAGUUCGACGGAGAGACGACAGCUGCCGUGGUCCCAGAGUCGAUCCUGCCUCACGCUCUGGUGGGGUCCUUUAGCAUAUCCACUUGGAUGAAGCACGCACCACCACUGGAUGGAGACAAGCAUCGCAAGGAACAUAUCUUCUGUCUGGCUGAUGACCACAAGAUGAACCGUCAUCACUACGCUUUGUUCGUUCGCAACUGCCGUCUAAUCCUGCUGCUGAGACGUGACUUUGGAGAGGGAGACCUUAACAUCUUCAGACCUGCUGAAUGGAGGUGGAAGCUGCCGGAAGUGUGCGACAACGAAUGGCACCACUAUGCCGUGAACGUCCGCUUCCCGAACGUGGAGCUGUUCGUGGACGGCGAGGCGUACCACGCGCCCGACGCCAAGGGGCCCGAGGUCAUCGACGACUGGCCGCUGCACCCAGCGCAUGGCGUUAACACCACCCUCGUUGUCGGCGCCUGCUGGCAAGGCACGGAACACGACAUGAAGCACCACCUGCGUGGAGGACUAGCGGGGCUGGGCGUGCUGAGGGGGGGUGUACAGACACCACGAGCUCUCUCCUGUCUCGCACACUGCCGGGAGGGGCUGAGCCUCGCACCUGAUCUAUAUCUGAAAUCGGUGUCGGUGGAGGGAGACGGUGUGGCGGACGUGGAGACCCUGCUGAGACGCGUGUCGUACGGAGACGCGCGCGCCUUCCCCACUCCUGGCAGGAGGAACGUGCACGUCGCCACCACCAUCACAUGUGAUAACGGCCGUAUGAUCGUGGCCCGUCCGGCGGAGUCGUACAUAAUGGUGCUGGCUCCUCAGACGCCCAGUAUCCUGCUGAACGGCAGCGAGGACCUGGCCCGGGACUACGCGCACUUCCGAGCUGGACUCACCGUCUUCCCCGACCUUUCUGUAAGGGUGCUCGCUCCUGGCAACGAACGACCUUUACCUGAGGAGAGCCAGAAGCUGGACUCGUGCGUGGUGUCGGUGUACCCGGCGCUGAACCCCGACCACGAGGCGCUGGCGCUGCGCGACGCCAGCGACCUGCCGCUGCGCUACGACAUCCGCGCCGCCGUCACCCGCGACGGGGUCAUCCUCACCGGCGCUGACACCGUACAGAACUACCAGAAGGUGCUCCAUGAAAUCGAGUACAGCAACAAGAAGCCGGCGUACUAUCUCAACCGCGUGUUCAAGCUGACCUGCUCCGAGCUCAACGGACGUUUCACCAGCAACGAGUACGUGCAAACGCUGACGGUGGUGCACCCGCACAUGGCGGGCGGCGAGGCGGCGCGCGAGCUGCACCCCAGCGGCAUGGCCGACAAGGUGGACGCCGUCGCGAGGGACAAACAGGCGGAGCACGGUGCGCACCACCAGGCCGCUGCGGCGCAGUCCCCGCGCGUGUACGCGGCGCACGCGCAGCGCGACGCGCACCUCGCCGACGUGCCCGCGCCGCGCCUCAUCGAGCUGCGCGCCGACCGCCCCGCCAGUGCGUACCGCCCCCGAGCCCCCGAGCCCCCGAGCCCCACCGCCGUAACUAUAGCGCUAGCUAACGACCCGUGUACUGUCGCAGACCACGUGGCGCUGCUCAUCGGCGUGGUGUCGUGCGGAGUGAUCGUGCUGGCGGCGGGCGUGUUCGUGGCGCGCGCGCGCGGGGCCCGCUCGGCCCGCGCGCGCGCCCCGCCCGCGCACCACGCGCUGCACGCGCUGCACGCGCUGCGCGCGCGCGAACACGACUCGGAGAUGGCCUGGGAUGACUCCGCGCUCACCAUCACCGUCAACCCUAUGGAAGAGUCCGCAGCCCCGUCGUGCGGGACCCACGCGGGCGCGGCGGACAGCUCGGACGGCGAGUCGUGCUCCGACUCCGACUCCGACCAACACGACUCCUCCGACGAAGACGACGAAGUGAUGCCGGGCAAGGAGCACAAAUACAGGAACAUCAGCCAGUUGGAGUGGGACAACAGCACCAUGUAA